CAGCGAUAGGAGACGGAGCAAAACAGCAGCAGAAAAAGAAAGCAAUCGCAAAAGCCAUACAAAACAAGAAAAUCCAUUGCUCUGUUUCAUAUAAUAUUUGGCUAACAAUUGUGUUUUGUGCAAAGAAAGAAUUGUGUAAAUAACGCGUACACUACAACUGCAUAUAAUUGGUUUCCAUUGCAAUUUUGUUGACGUCGCCGUCUGUUGUCAUCGUCUUGUGACUGUGUCGGGCAUACAAAAAGAAAGUCGUAAAAAUAUAUCAACCUAGCUGGGAGGAGUAGUUGUCGUUGUUUCUUGGAGCCCCACACACAGACACAUACACAUAUACAGAUAUAUAGAAACACUAUAAACUAUAUACACACACCUACACAGAUACACGCACACACAUCCACGUACACACACAGAAACAAACACGGACUAGCUAACUGCAGCAAACGCAACGCACAGAGCGGAGAGAAGAAGUAUUGCAGCAGCUUGCUUUGGAGCACUUAUAACAGCAAAACAAAAAAGCUAAAGAAAAAUUCAAGCAAUUAAAAAACACCUCCUAUAUAUAGAGCAUAUAGAGAAAGCAAAAAAGCAAAAGCAAACAAUAAAUCUACUUGUAUAAGUCAAUCGCAAAGAAACAAAAAACAAAAACAAACCGAAAAUGAGAAAACAAAAAGACGAUAUGCAGGUCAAUGUCGCCGGGCUACGCAGAAACAUCAAAAAUCUCGCGCACAACUAUUCCGAUGCACAGGUCAAGGUACGCGAGGCAACUUCCAAUGAUCCAUGGGGGCCAUCGGCCACGAUUAUGGCCGAGAUAGCCGACUUGACGUACAAUGUGGUUGCCUUCUCGGAGAUAAUGCAAAUGAUAUGGAAACGUUUGAAUGAUCAUGGCAAGAAUUGGCGCCACGUCUACAAGGCGCUCAUACUGCUCGAGUAUCUGAUUAAGACGGGCACGGAGAAGGUUGCCCAGCAGUGCAAGGAGAAUAUAUUUGCCAUACAGACGUUGCGCGAGUUUGUCUACUAUGAGGAGGGCAAGGAUCAGGGUACGCAUGUGCGCGAAAAGGCCAAACAGCUGGUUAAUCUGCUCAAGGACGAUGAGAGGCUCAAGAACGAGCGUGUGAAGGCGUUGAAGGCCAAGGAACGCUUCGCUCUGCAUCCGAGUGGCUUUGGCAGCGAUGGCUACAUUGAUGGACCCUCACAGCGUGACAUGCCGCCGGGUUGGCAGGAGGAGCCGCCCAAAAAUGCCUCCGAGCUGGAAAUGGUGCGUCCGCAGACAGCUGGCGAGGAGGAGCUGCAGUUGCAGCUGGCGAUGGCCAUGUCGCGGGAGGAAGCCGAGCAGGAGGAGGCCAAGCGGCGAAGCGACGAUGUGCGUCUGCAGUUAGCGCUGAGCCAGAGUGAACAGGACUUCAAAGAUUCUAGUGGACGACCCAUAUCGGCGCCUAAGAAGGAGGAGCAACAACAGAGUCAUUUGCUAGAUUUGCUGGACAUCUCGCUGGGCGCGACAAGCAUUUCGAGUCCACCAUUGGGCGCUGCUGGCGGCGCUGCAGCUGUUGUGGAUCCCUGGGCUGCGCCUCCGAACCGUGCAGCUAGUCAACUGUCAGAUCCUUGGUCAGGCGCUGCCGCCUCGCCCCACGUCGAUCCAUGGCAUCCUGCGGCUGCGCCACGCACCAUUAUGAGUGCAGGUGUGCCGCUGGGAGCUGGUGCACAGGCGCCACCUCAGGCAUUGGGCGGACCUGGCGAUGCCUGGGGCCUGCGCACACAGUCACCAUCUGUGGCAUCGGGCUCCUCCAACGAGGGUUGGCUACAAACGAACGGCAAUGCCAAUCAAAAUGGUCGCAUCGCAGCGCCAGCGCCUGCGGACGCGUGGCUGACCAAAACAGCAGUCAGCCCCGGAUUGGCUGCUGCUCCACCUACAACACACGCGGCCAGCAAUGGUGGCUCUGCGGAUCCUUGGCUUAGCGAAUCACAGCCGGCAGCAGCUGCAGCGCCAGCUGCUUCAGCAGAUCCCUGGACAGCAGCGCAACCAAGUGCAUCUAACUUGGACGAUCCCUGGAAGGCAAUGCAGACAGGCGCCAUUAAGAAACAAUCACCCGACUUUGAUGAGUUCGAUUUGAUAACCAAUCGCAAUAAAAGUGCCGAACAUAACAAUUCUAAUGCCUCCAAUAACAACAAUGCUUCGCUGCUGGACGACAUGGAUCCGCUUUCGUCGAACUAUGGCAACAACAGCGGCUCAGUGCACCCAUCAACAGGUGCCACCACAAAGAAGCCCUAUCGUGAUCCGCUUGCAUUCCUUGGCGAAAAUUCAGCGCUGGUUAAUUUGGAUAAUCUAAUUAAGCCAAAUACGCCACAGACACAGUCAGGACUGGCGCCCGCCUACAAUCCAUUCGCGGACAAUGUGAUGCCACCCAAAACGAAUCUAUUCCAGCAGCAACAGCCAGCCGUGCCGUCCAUCAAUCAAUUGAAACAACAGCCGCCCUUUCCCGUCAAUAUGAAUCAGGAUCCGUGGGCGCCGGUUACCGGUGGCGUCAGUGCAGCUUCUCAGCAGCAGUUCUACAAUAGCAACAACAACAACAUCAGCAACAAUAACAAUCCACAGAGCGGCAACAACAAUUUCUAUAAUCAUAGCUAUGGCUACACUAGUCCCGGCAUUGACAACAUACGCAACAUGGAUAUAUUGGGUGAAUCGCCAACGCAGCCGCAUUCAUAUUACCACAGCCCCUCGGCCCCAUCGCCCUCGGUGCAAUAUGGCAGCAGCAAUUACAAUACUCCCGGCUAUUCGCCCUUUACACAUAGCUAUAGCAGCGCCCUAUCCGAAUCAUUGGCCGAUACGCCGGGCGUGAGCAUUUCACCUUUGGGCUAUGACAGCAGCAACGUGGCGCCCCCUAGCGGCAUCUAUGGCAACCCGAACCCAGCCAUGGGCGGCACCUAUUGCAAAUUGGAACAAAACAACAACAUGCCGUGGAUAAAACCUGAGGCAGCCGCUACAAAUCCGUUUUUGUCCUAAGGAGUCAAACAAUCAAUCAAUCAAUCAGCAUGAGCAACAGCAGCAACUAGCAGCAGCUAAAACCACAA